UAACAAGGUUGCUCGGUUCCACACGACUAUCCAAUGGAUCACCGGCCCACGUCAUCUCCCUUCUCUGUCCUUAUCCUCUCUCUCUGCCCCAUUGUUAAAACCGUUUUCCCAGUUGUAUAUUCGAUCUCUGCGUGCAGACUUGCAGAGAACAAGGAGAGCUAAUCGAAGCGAUUGAUCGUCGGAGAGGAAUCCAUUCGGUCAUGGAAAAGCAACAACGACAAGAAGAAGAUGUCGGCAAAAUCAACGGCGCGAAUUUUGUCGGCGAUGUGGAGUACCAAUCGGGAUUCGGCAACCAUUUCUCGUCUGAGGCGAUCGCCGGAGCUCUUCCGCGCGAGCAGAAUAGUCCUCUCAUCUGUCCCUACGGCCUCUACGCUGAGCAGAUCUCUGGCACUUCCUUCACAUCUCCUCGCAAGCUCAAUCAACGCAGUUGGCUCUAUCGAAUCAAGCCUUCUGUCACGCACGAACCAUUUAAGCCUCGUAUACCAGUUCAUGGGAAGCUUUUAAGUGAGUUUGACCAGUCCAACACUUGCACAACUCCUACUCAGCUCCGAUGGAAGCCUGUAGAUACGCCUGACUCGCCAACUGAUUUCAUUGAUGGGUUAUACACUAUAUGUGGAGCGGGCAGCUCAUUUCUUCGCCAUGGAUAUGCUAUUCACAUGUAUACUGCCAAUAAGUCAAUGGAUAACUGUGCCUUCUGUAACGCAGAUGGGGACUUUUUGAUAGUCCCUCAAAAAGGAAGGCUAUGGAUCACCACUGAAUGCGGAAGAAUGCUGGUAUCACCUGGAGAAAUUGCUGUUUUACCUCAAGGGUUCCGUUUUGCUGUAGACUUGCCAGAUGGCCCAUCUCGUGGUUAUGUUGCUGAGAUUUUUGGAACCCAUUUUCAACUUCCUGACCUUGGACCAAUAGGUGCUAAUGGUCUUGCUGCUCCAAGAGAUUUCCUUUCUCCAACUGCCUGGUUUGAAGAGGGAUACCGUCCAGGGUACAUUAUUGUACAAAAGUUUGGAGGGGAACUCUUCACUGCGAAACAAGAUUUCUCUCCUUUCAAUGUGGUUGCUUGGCAUGGUAAUUAUGUCCCUUACAAGUAUGAUCUCAGAAAGUUCUGUCCUUAUAAUACUGUUUUGGUUGAUCAUAGUGAUCCAUCAAUUAAUACAGUUUUGACAGCACCAACUGAUAAGCCUGGCGUGGCAUUGCUUGAUUUCGUUAUAUUCCCUCCCAGAUGGUUGGUUGCUGAGCAUACUUUCAGACCUCCAUAUUAUCAUCGCAAUUGUAUGAGUGAAUUUAUGGGCCUGGUUUAUGGUGGAUAUGAGGCAAAAGCUGAUGGCUUUCUCCCAGGUGGUGCAAGCCUUCACAGCUGCAUGACCCCACAUGGUCCUGAUACCAAGACCUAUGAAGCAACCAUUGCUCUUGGAAAUGAAGCAGGACCAUGUAAAAUCACGGAUACCAUGGCUUUUAUGUUCGAGUCAUGUCUGAUCCCUAGAAUCUGCCGUUCAGCUCUUGAGUCUCCCUUUAUGGAUCAUGACUAUUACCAAUGUUGGAUUGGACUGAAAUCCCACUUCCAAGAUGAAAUCCCAAAAAAGGAAAAGCAAUGAGCGCGGUAGUACUGAAAGCAGAGAAGGUGGUGAAAAACAUGAGCCUAGAGCAUGACCUUUCUCCGAACGUAUAUACACAAUAGCACUAACACAAACGUACUAAUCGUGAAUGGAUCAGCAAGUUUAGGAAGGUAUUCUUGAGCUUUUUGCUUGAGCGGUGUAUGUAUUCUUUCCUCUUUGCUGAUGUGUAAGUUGAACAAGUGAAACCAUAUUUCAUCUCCCUCAGUGUAAGAAAACAUAUUACCUUAAAAGAGUUAAAAAGACUUGAUUAUCAUGUAUAUAUAUUCGGUUUUCUUUCUUUUUCGGUGUGCCUUGAGGCAUGUAAUAGACCCUGAGCAUUAACGAAA